AUGGCGCGCAUGUCUGCUGUGUAAAGUGUCCGGUAAUGGCGGACAAGGCGAGAGGAGAAUGGCGGAGAAUGAGACAGGAUUAAAGCCGCCGUCAUGUCUCCCGCACACAAGCGGUCUUUGAUAACGUGGGUGGUGGGGCUGGGCUUUGCUUUACUGCUUUCCUUCUACGUACUGGGCUGGUACCUUUUAGGCCUGCUGGCUGCGGCAUCCGCGUGGGUUUAUUACUCAUCCCUGCCAAGCGUAGGCCCCGCAGCCGGGCCGCUCUUCCACCCGAGUCGGAUUAAAGCAUUUCUCCUCGGGACGCGCUGGGCCGAGGUGGUGUACGACAGAUUAAUCGGAGGGAGAAGGCAGUGGAAGGGAAGAGAUCGGAGUGCCAGAGGCAGGUGUCAGCAGGGGCUGCGGAAUCCCAGCAGGGCCCCGGGCAACAACUGGAAGUGGGAGGUGAACUACGAGGAGCGGGAGCCGCUGCUGACAGCGUGUGCGAGUGAACGGAGUCCGGCCGGCCUCAUGAUGGGCAGCUACCUGUCGAACGAAAGCACGGCGCGGGCCCCGCUCUGCAGUAGAGAACUGAAAAGUCGCUACGGUCGGCCGAAUCCCAUCCAGUCCCCCACCAGGAGAUUGUCUUUCGGGGAACAUCAAGGCAUGAUAAACAAAUUUACAGUGACCCCUCGCCGUCGGUAUCCUAUUCAUCAGCCCCAGUACUCAAUACCUGGAACACUUCCAACUGUCCGAUGGGAUGGCUACCAAAAGAAAAAUGUUUUGUCCUCUCGAAACUCUAUCAUGGUACAUAGCCCAGUGACUAUUAAAAUUGCACGCCCUGAUGCAAGUAUAAUUCCUUCACCUCUAUUAGACCAAAUGAUGUCCCCUGCUUCGUCUCCAUUGGUUGAUCCCUGCUCAAAAGCCACUGUGCUUAAUGCUCUAAAGGAAAGUCGGAAGAGAAUGGUGGAAGAUGAUACUGAAAGAUCUUUGAUCUCUGAACAUGAGAAUAAACGCAGGCGCCAUGACAGUAGUGGAAGUGGUCAUUCUGCAUUUGAACCCUUAUUGGCCAAUGGAGCUCCAGCUUCACUGGUUCCAAAACCUGGAACACUAAAGAGAGGCACCAAUUCCCAGUGCUCUGAUGACCCCAUUUCCAAACGGUCACGGACAUCGUCCAUUAGUUCACUGAAUAGCAUAUGUGUUGGCAGGAAGCACAGUUCUGUUCGCAAUCCCAUUUUCAGUUCUUACAGUUCCACCCGAGGACAAAUCCAGGGCUUGAGAAACAUUCUCUCUGCACGCAAUACAACCCCACUCUCCAGCCCUGCUUCCUCACGAUCUGAAACUCCUGAAAGAUCAGGCAAAAAAAUAAGGGAGGAAGAAGUACAGAGAUCAAAUGCCUCUACCCCAGUUCGAGUGGACAGGCCAGAAAAAGACCAGUCUAUUGAAGAAGAAACAGUAACUCCGUCGUCAAAAUGUUCACCUUCAACAGUAGAUUCUUCUCCCUUGGAAGGUGAUGUGAAGCGAAAACGGAAGAUUCCUCUUCUGCCAAAACGGAAGGGAGAUCAACUUACAAUGCAUCCUCCGAUAGAAAUUGGGUACACAAUUACUGCAGAAGACAUGGACUCUGAAAAGAAAGCACGUCUUGACAGGAUUAAAAAGGUGUUGCAGGAGAAAGAAGAGCCUUCAAAGCCAUUGGAGCCUGCGAUGACAGUGCCCUCAGUGUCAACAUUUACUACCCCAGCAGUGGAAAGCUCUGCCAACUCAACUCCCAUUUCCACUUCCAUUUCUGCCGUAGUCUCAAACCCCUUGCUGGACAGUUUGAAGAUGAUGCAGGGCCACACCAACUUUCCCACUUCAGCAGAUUCCGUUAAUGGAGUGAAUACGAGUAACAUGGUUAAAGCUUCAGAAGCUUCCACAAAAUCUUCCAAGAAUGAAUUAUCGCUUUCAUCUCCAAUUCCUGCUCCAACAACUUCUGCCGUAACAGUGACAGCUGAUAUUCCAGGAUUUAAGGCAGCUGACGUUUUGAAAUUCACAAGUUCCUCCAUUAUCCCAUCAUCUUUAACACCAGUCAAUAACCCUGCUCCCAAAGCUAUCACCACCACCACCAAUUCAUGCCAGGUUUCUGUUCUGGUUAGUGCACAAGAAACUAAACUUAGCAAAGGGCCUGAAGUGAGUGUGACUGCAUGUACUGGCCAUUCUUCAACUCCAAGCACAAGUUUUACCCUGUCGAGCACAGUGACUGCAAUCCCAACAGAGAUUAGCACCACGGUUUCUUCAUCUGUCAGUGUACCCGAGUUUAAACCAGUAUUUGGUCCGCCAAUGACACAGCAGAGCACCGUUACACCAGCAACGUUGAGUUCAGGAAUGCCACUUAGUACACCUGUAAGCUUGGUAGCACCUGUACCAUUGAGCUCUGCCUCCUCGAUCACUCCAUUCAAGCCAGUGUUUGGAAACUCAGUGACAGAGACAACUACUGCCACCACUACAGCUGCACCUUUUAAUUUUGGUCAGUCAGUUCAAGCAGUGUUUAAAGAAGCUCCUCCUCCCACAACUUCUACAAAAUCAAAUUCGCCUCUGUUCCAAUUUGGGGCCACCACUGCAAUAACAAGUUCAAGCAUUGAUUCAGAAGUGAAGUGCUCAAAAGCUACAGUUAGUUUUGGAUUAAAUGAAACUGUUUCUUCAAAUCCGAAUGUAGCUUCUACUUUAAGCAACAACCUAUCAAGCCAGCAGCAAUUUCAGUUUGGUUCAAACCCAACAACAACAACUACUACUACUGCUGCACCAAGCACUGUGUUCCAGUUUGGAAAGACCUCUGCAGAUGCCACUGCAACAUCAGCCAGCUUGUCCAUUCCUGUCUUUGGUCAGCCAAAUGCAGUUACAAGCCAGGCAUCAACAAGCACUGCAGCUACUUCGAAUAUAUUUGGGAAUUUUACUCCUUCGGUGUCAACACCUUCAACCACAUCAACCACUUCAAGUGCUCCACUCCCACUUGCGUUUGGAAACUCAGGAAAGACAUCCCUAUUUGGUAAUACCACAAGUGCACCACCUUUUGGGGCCCUGACAGCUCAGCUUAACUUUGGAGGCACAAGCAGUCAGUCAUUGUUUGGAGCUAAUGCCACAGCAACUCAGCAAGCGCCAAGUAAAGCCCCUGCCUUUGGUAGUUCUGGUGCUCCCUUCAACUUCGGAGCUACACCCACAAAAGCAGCAUUUCAGAGCACCACCUCACAGUCUGCAUUUGCAACUCCAAGCCAGCCACCAUUUGGGGCUGUUACAGCUCAGACUUCAUUUGGAUCAACUUCUAAGCAAUCCAUUUUUGGUGGAGGCACAGUAGGUUUUUCAUUCGGUACAACCACCACUUCCACUGCUGCUCCAAUGUUCAGCGCUACAAAGAGUUCAGGUAGUAGUACAACUGGUUCAAUAUUUGGCUCCACACAAGGUUUUGGUUCCUCAAGCCAGCCAGCCAAAACAACCAGUGGUUUCAACGUUGCAGCAUCAAAUCCAACUAUAGCUACAGCUGGCUUCUUGAGUGGAUUUUGUGCUUCAAACCCUUCCGUUCCGUUUGCUACUUCUACCCCGACGUCGUCAUCAUCUCAAAAUAUGUUUGGGUCCUCAUUGACUAACCAAGGGACACAGAACCAGAGUAAUCCACAGUUCAACUUUGGAGCUGCAAAUACAGUUGAAAAUAAGUCUACUUUUGGAGGGUUCAACUUUGGAACUCCCAGUUUGAAUUUUGAGACUGGAACAACUGCACCUGGAUUUGGACAGGGUACUCCAAGUGCAAACUUUUCCUUUGGGGCCACUAAUACUCCAGCAGCAAACUUUGGUAGUCCAGCAACAGGCACAGCAGCAGCAGCACCAGCAUUUGCAGGAACAGUGUCCUUUUCUAUAGGAGCUGGAUCUCGAUCUACUGGAGGGAGACAGAGAUUACAGGCUAGGCGACAACAUAUACGGAAGAGAUAGACACUUGGGAAUGUGAAUAGUGCAAAGGAACAUGUUGACUAUUCUGAAACAAUUACCACUUUUUUACUUUUGUACCCUAAACAUUGCCAGUCAUGGAUGUGCAGGCAACUGACCUCAAAAGAUGGGAAUAUAUACUUGAGAAAAAUUCUGUUUAAAUUUAGGUCUUUUCUUUUCUGGGCUUGAACUGUCAGAAUAAAAGGCUUAAGGCUGCUGAAAAAAAGGCUUCUGUGCAACAAUGUGAGAAGCUCAUUAGACAACAGCAAAGUCCUCGUCUUAAGUUUGUAUGCUUUCUUCAAAACCUGCCGUUACGGAAUGGUGAUCUGAGUUUGGUUCAGGGUACAGCAGUAAUUGGUGACACAGUAAGCAACAGACAUAGCUUUACUACUUGAAACUUUCUACUUUUAAAGGUUGCUGUAAGAUGCAAUUUGAAAACCUUUCUUGAUUGACCCUUUUUAUUGUACAUAUUGCUGCACUCUUCUUUCUUUUGGGGGAAACGAACAUUUAAGGGCACAAUUCCCAGUAACAGCGCAGUUUUCUGUGGUGUCUUAGUGCCCAAAUCAAACUGAACUGGAGGCUGAUGUUAACUUCUUUCUCUUCAUUCUUUUUUCCCCUCUUUUCCUUGAUUGCUUUAAUAUAUUUCUGACAAAGAAUUCUAAACCUUGCUAAAGCCACCAUUUUUCUUUUAGGAUAAGAAAUGUUAUGCCUGUUUGAGUUUCUUCUCAGUAUCUUUUGCUAUGCUACCUACCUCUAUUUUCCUUCCUGCGAAUGAAUUCUUAAAUCUGUGAUUUGGUUAUGUAAGGGGAAACAAACCAAAUUGCAUUCCCUUCUGUACUACUUUCAUCCUUCCUCCUCCGCAACCCCCCCCUUCCCAAAAUGGUCAAAUUUUUUUUUACAUACAGUAAUUGUUAUCAGUGUUUGCUUGUAUAUCUCAUGUUUUUGCUCAGUGAAUCGAGUUUGGAGGAAAAAUGUCAAUGUAUGUGUGGCGGCAUGUUAGUAAUGCCGGAUCUGGCUGGUUCAUUGGAUAUAUGUUAAUCUGACUCUUGCUAAUCUGUGAUAGUGUUUUGCUACUAUAACUGAGUGACACAUUAAGCAGUGUUUUCUGGAGAAAUGGCAGUCAUGCUAGUUUGGGAGGUGGUUCCCAUGUACAAUGUAGGAUUCUUAAAGCAGAUUUCAAAAGUAUGGUGCUAUAAUGCUUAAAGAAAAAGUACAAAUUACUUCAGCUUAUACCAAAACUUUGGCUGGCAUUGUUGAGAAUUAUACAUGUAUACUGUGUAUAUUUUAACCUCGACUCAAUAUUUGCAUCUUAUUUUGGGUGCAGCUCUGAAAUGUGCCUAUUUUAAUUUUAAUUAAAAACAAAUUAAAUUUUCAAUGCUUUUUUAAAAAAGUGAUUCACCAAACUUUUUGAGUAAUCUUUACUAUUGCAUUAGAAGAAAAUAACCAAGCUGGGUUUAUAGUUAUGUUCGAUAGUGUUUUCCUUGACUGGUGGAAUACGUGUAGAAAAAGUGAAAGAAACAUUGUUUGCUUUUGCCACGUUGUCUGGUAUGAAUGGAGCUUUGAAGUCCACUCUAGAGAUUGUUCUGCAGGUUGUAGGCCCAGUUUAAGCUAGGUUAUUAAAUCUUUUUUUUGGGAUCUUUUUUGAAAACAAUGUUUUUAAUAAAUCUUAUUACAGAUGAACAUGGCUUAUUAGGAAUUUUUGUGUUGGACAACUUGCCACUUAAAGUAAUAGAGACCUUUGAGGCUCCCAAGUUUUGGUGAUAAAAUUUCAGGAUGGACUGGCUUUCAAAAGAUGCUACUUCUCCAUGCCCUGUAUUCCAUAAAUGGAUCCUGUUUUUUGAGGAUAUUUGACCAAACUGAAGGAAGAAAAUUGAGACAGAGUGGUACUGGUUACCACUAUGAGAUCUGUCGCAUCCUCUCUGCAGAUCGAUGUCCAUAUGUGAGCUGAAAAGUUUUUAGCAUUUGGUUCAAGGCAGAGGAAGGGGUAACUAGGGAAUAUGCAACAGAGUGUUCAUUUGAUGUAAACUUGUAACUUUGAACUGAGAAGUUGCUGUUUCCAUGUGGUGAGGGAAUUGGAUUCUAUAGCACCCUCUGUUAAUUUUCCUAAGAAAGUGUUUGUCUGACCUGCUUUCUCCCACUCCACCUCCAACCCCCACUUCUGGUAUUUCUCAUAUUUCAGGUAGUAUUCUUCAUGGUUCCACAGGCAAGCAUCCAGGAAGGCCUUGUUUUGGGCAGUUUUUUGAGACAAAUGUUAGCCCACAUCAUGGAUGGAAUAAGUCACCUUCCUAUAGCGAAGGCUGUCUUAUUUUCUGGAAGUGCAAAUAAUUUAUGAAAUCAAGGGCAACAGUAGAUGGAGGAUAAAUGAUGAAAGGGUUUAGGAGGUGGUGGUUGUAGAAGGAAUGAAGUUGAUAUGACCCCUCUUACAGCACCCAAUCAGUGAUUGCAUAUAUUACUCCAUUAGAAUACACUACAAUCUAACGAUUUGUAAAUUCAUUUUCGGAGAAUGUUUGUAAUAGUUUCAUUGGUGUGGUUUUAAGAUAACUCUGCUGGUCCAAGUGAUCAGACAGAUUAAAGGAAUCCUCCUCAUUCAGUAUAAUGGCUGCCAUUUUGUUACGUCUGAGUAUGAAUGUGUGCGGGUGAUUGGCAACUUCUAAAUUUAGAUAAAAUUGUUUAAAAAAAAAGAAAGUAAAUUUUAUUUUUAUAUUUAAGCAAAAACUGCCUUCUACGUUCCUUCAAGCUUGGUUCAUUGAGACUUAAUGCUACACUGGUUAAAUAGUAUGAUACUUCUGAUAAGCAAUUGUAUGUACAAAUUGUUUUUUAAAUAUGAACUAUGAAGUUGGUGUGAGUAAGUUUUGGAAGCAAACCAAUGGUGUGUGGAAAAGCAGUUGGGAUACUGUAUUUUUUCUUGCUAGAAGUUGCACAUAGGCUGAUGUACCCAUGCCUGUAUUUGGGCCAAAACAAUAUAAAAUUUGGAUGUCAUUUUAAAAACUUACUUUUACAUUUUCUUGACAGCUAAUAAGAGUUUGCUUAAUACUGAUAGGAUUCGAGAAUCAACUGUGAAGUUCAUAGCAGAUCUAUUUCCAGGUUUAAUUUUGCCAGAAUGACUGAUCUGAAACAAGGAUACUAUCUGAUCAUAUUGCCAGGCUGUAGCAAAUUAAGCCUUUACUGCAUGGUAGUUAAAACGAAAAUGAGAAAGAUCAAUUAGUUUUACUCUUUGGAAUAGGAUGAACAAAAGAUGUGACUCUGCUGAGUUAGCCGAACACAGUUGGGUUGGUUGUAUGAAUGCUUAAGUAUAGAAGGUAAAUUAGCCAUACAUUCUGUUUCUGAUCACUAUUCAUUGAUAUCUACUGGAAAUUGAGUAAACACAGCUCUUUUAGGUGUGAGGCCAAAUUGCCAAGUAGCAAUUUGAUCAGGCUUGUGUUUGAAAUGGAAGAUGAAGAACCUUUUAAUAUUGAAAAAAACAUUUUUUUUGGUUGUUUUCUUUUAAUUGUCAAAAGUCUGGUGGUGGAAAUGCAACAAAUGCUGAGUUUAUCAAGUUACUGAUUUUGUUCAGUUACUGGUACAAUGAAAGGUCUAUGAUAAUGAAAUCUCCAGUGGUGCACUCUGAAAUGAACGUCUAUUUUAAACAAAGUCAAACUGCUCCUUUACAAAACAAAAUAGUAAUAUAUUUUUUAUAAACUUGUUUUUGAGAUGCAACUUGCUCCAUUGCUUUGCACUUUCUGCUCAGAUUUUCUCAUUAGAAAUGUACUCCAUCAUGAGGUCAAUGUAUUUGUUGACUCCACUCCCUUCCAUAUAUAGUACCAUAUUGGAAGUUAUUUAGCACAGAUCACUAAAUAUUUUCAGUUUAAAACUCCUCAGUUAGUGCAUUUAGUAGCAAGUUAAAGGAAGUUGUUAGGACAUUGUUUACAAAAUCAUUCUGUACUCAUGCAUUGUUGGUUCAGUGUUCAGCUGUGAAAAUCACAUCUCCAGUCCAUUGCCUGGCAUUCCCUUUUUAACUGCUCUGAGACGGGGGUAGUUGUGAAUAAGGCCCAGGGAAGAAAAGUGAUCCAAGUUGAUCCCUAAUUAUUUUCACUUGCCCUUUCUAAUGUGCAUGUUCGGUACAGGUGAAUAGAUUGCACUCAGCUGUGGUCACUUUAAACUAACUGCUGACCAAUAUCUGGAACAUGUGAUGCAACAUACUAGUGACACUGGGCAAGACAGCAUCAUCUCCAGGCAGUCUUUGGGAAAGAAAGCCAAGGAGAAAGAAGAAAUUAAGGUCAAUUUCUAGGCAUUAUUUUAUUGUGACAUGAUACUUCAUCUUGUUACACAUAGUGCAGUGUUAAAUAUAACUUCAGAAGCCUCUCUCUUCAUACAUCCAGUUUAUUUUUACUUUAAGAACUGUGAAUUCAAGAGUUUAAAAACACUGAUACCUCAGUUUUCUGGGGGCAUCAUAUACUCCUAAAAACAUGGUAUUUGGGAUUUCUUUCCCCCUUUCCUGCUGUUAGAAAGAUGUUUUUCAAAUUAACAUCUAAAAUCAGAAAUGUGUAAAUACAUUUUAUUGCUGCUGAAUAAAUAUUAAGUGAAAGAUACUACUGACAACUUUGGCACUUGGCAGCAUAUAAUUUCCAAAAAUGACAUGGAUCACAUGGGACUAGUAAAUGAAGUUCACUGGAGAGUUUUGAUUUAUGAAACUUCAUGCAUUCCCAUUUCACCCUUUUAACUUGAUGCUUUUGCACCGACUGGUCUUUGAACAAAAUAUUGAGCCACUAAUCCUUUGCCACAGCAAGAUUCAUCAAUGAUGCUUGGCAACGCAUUUUAACUUUUGAGUAUCACAGGGAGUAAUUUGGUUAAUUUAAGAUGGUCACCACCAUCUCACUUCUGACUUUGCAUUUUCCAGAUUACUUAAAUCAGGGAUUUUAAUCUUUUGUUUUAGUUCACAUAGCUGAGUGCUCAGAAACACCCCUUGCAGUGUCAUUCACAGAUUUGGACCUGUUCAUUUGCGAAUAUUAAAAGGCUUUUAUGAUUUGGGAAUUCUGCAAUGCAGAAGUAGUUUUGAAUGGUCAAGAUCACAUAAUUCAGUUAAAUGCCUUUACAAAUGGUCAGUAUUCCUGGGGUAUGAGGCUUGCAGCAAACUGUCUUGUGGGCUUCUCUUUAAGUGAAUUGAUAAAUCAAUGCAACUGUUCAGUUAACAGAAUUCAAACGCCUUUUUUUGUCAUUGAAAUUAAUGCAGAUCAAAUAGCCUGGAAGGGCCCAAAAAUAAGUUAGAAUCAAGUUUACAAUCUUGUUUUUCUGGAUUUUUGAUGGAGUGCUAUUUGUUGGACUGACUUCAAUUCCAGUAGCAACAAAAAGCACUGAUAUUAAGGUUUAGUGCUUUAACAAUGAAACAAAAAUACUGUGCUUGCACUUGAAAAUCACAAUUCAAAAUGGCUUGGCACUACUUUGUACCCAAGAAUCUCCUAUAGAGAAUCAAGAAGUCGCAUCCAUGUUGUCUUUAGGACACCCACGGGAUACCAAUGACCUUUCUUUCCAAAGUGAAUGAUUUUAUAUAGUGGAUCAGAAAUGGAGAAUUACUGCAGCAUUAUGAUGCUGUAAUGGUGAUGUGAUUUUUGUCCUGCUGUUAGCAUGCAAUAUUCCUGAAAGGCUGCAGUGAAAUUUAUAUUUGCACAGCUGAAUGCAGGUAUGCAAUAUGGGGUGGGGGUCUCCUGAAAACAUAUGCAAAACAAUCUAACCAAAAUUGAUUAAAAGGAGGUAGUCCAUCAAAUAUUGGAAACCUAUUGUUUUUAAUGUGUUCUUUUUUUCCCCCAUAUUCCUCUUAACAAGCAGAUAAACCUGGAACUUCCUGCUUUCCCCUAGUGCUACUCUCCAUUUGGAAAACAUGUCGACAGCUGGGGUCUUGGGGGUAGCCC